AUGUCUGAGGAAGAAAGAUCUAAUUUAAGCGGGGAAGAAGAAGAGGUUGAUGACUUGUUUGGAGAUGACGAUAACGAGGAAACAACAACCACCUCCCAAAGACCUAUAGUGACUGGUUCAGAUGAUGAAGACCAGUCCAGCUCAGAAGAAGGUGAACCGAAAUCAUUGAAAACAUCCAAUUUGACUUUACCAAGACAUCCAGUUUCACAUAAACCAGAAGGAGACGUUUUCACUAUAAAAAUGCCAGUUUUCUUAAACGUUGAAGCCCAUCCAUUUGACCCUAAUGAGUUCAAAGAGAGAGUCGCCAGAAACGCCGAAGAAAGAAGCAAAAUGGAGUUGGACGCCAAGCAGCUACAGAACGACCUUGUUGCUGAAAAGCUUCUUAACGAAAAUACCAUCAGAUGGAGAUACCUGAACAGUGGAAAUGAUGAGAUUAUCAAGCAGUCGAAUGCACACUUUGUGGAGUGGGACGACGGACUGGUUUCGUUGAAGGUGGGCAAUGAGCUUUUUGAUUUCAAGAGUCAGCCUAUUCUUGAUAACUUUUUGGCCAGAUCUUACGUGGAGCACGAGGUUCUACAAAACGAAGCAGCCUUGACCAGAUCUGCCAACCUUAUACCGGCAUCUACCUUCACAGAAACACACCGUCGUUUGACGCAAGCCGUCAAGACGAUCCAGAAGAAGGAUAAGAUUUUGAACACGUUGACAGAAAGAGAUCCUAUGUUGAAACAGAGAAUGGCAGACGAAAACGAGAGAAAGAACCUCAAGGCCAAGAGACAGUUGGAACAAAAGCGUCGUCUACAGGAAGAGAGAUUGGGCAAGGCCGAGAGCCCUGUUCCAGGCAGGUUUGGCCAGGAAUCGGCUUACGAGCGUUUUGAGAGAGCUUAUGGUGCUGAUGAGUAUGAUGAUGAGGACGAUUUCGUCGCCAACGACGAUGAAGAGUUGGAAAUUGACGAUGAAGAUGCCGAGGCCGAAGAGGAAGAGUUUGAGCGUGGUGCUGAGCGUUUGAAGAACGUCAAGGAUACCGGUGCCGAGAAAUACAGAGAAGAGUCUGAGGAGGUGCAGAGGAAGAGAAGAAGAAUUAUCGACUCUGACGAUGACGAGGAGUAA